AUGCGUGCGGACCUGUGCGCGCGAAAAAAGGAUGACGGGAGCUUCGGGCCGUUUGCUGCCUGGGCUACAGGCAUGAUGCAGCCGCUACCAAACGGCUGGGUCGGAGCGACGCAGCCGGGCAUGGGGCCGCCUUAUCUCACCCAGCCGGCCAUGCCGUACGGUUACGCCCCGCCGGGAUACGGUCAGGUGGGAUACGGUCAAGCAGGAUUCGGUCAGCCGGCAUACGGUCCGGUGGGAUACAGUCAGCCGCGGCGGUCGCGGAAGCCGCGACAAGAGGCAGAGUUGCCUCCAGAGGCGAGCGAGGCGAUUGACACGUUGAAGCAGUAUGCCGCGGGCUACCUCAGCGCCUUGGCGGGGAUUCGGGAGGCGGUGAUUCCGACAGAAAAGGAUGUGACGGACGCUCAGGAGCGGCGUGUGUUUGAGUUGAUCGGGAAGUCGGCGGCCUCGAUAGCACGGUGCACACUGGCGAGUGUGCUGCCUCAUGGGACGCUGGCGGCCCAGUUUAGGGAUACGUUCCGCAAGGCGGUUACGCAGGCGGACCUCAAGAAAUGGAAGGCACUCGCAGAGCACGCAGACGGCGCACACCCGCUACGGGAAGCUACGGCCCUCGUGGAGACGAUACUGGCAAUCGCGGUCCCCGCUACCGCCAGUGAAGACGCGGACGAAUAUAUAGACCCGGACCUGGGCGACAUGGAAGAACGCAUCGCCGACCUCAACGAACGACACUGCGACAAGGUCUUCGAGAAAUACGACGGCCUCGAAGGUGCCCUUGCCACAGCUACUGAAGGCGUCGCGGACGCAGAACGUCUCCUCCAAGCACUCAAAGCCUCCGCCGCCGCCUUAAACGCUCUCAGCCCCGAACAGAAACGACUGCUGCCCUCAGGCAUCGCACAAGCAGCCCACGGCGUCCUAAACCCGCCCCCCGGCCGUGGCCAGAAUCGUUCCGCUGGCGCCAACGGCUUCAGCUCUGGUGGUUUGGGUUCUGGCGGCUUCAACUUUGCCGGCUUCGGCGGCGGCGCUUCCAGUCCGUUCGGGGGGGCUUCUAGUCCGUUCGGCGGGGGUUCCAGUCCGUUCGGCGCCGGUUCGGGCGACUCUGUGCGCCAAGUGGUCGCGGCUCUCAAACUUAUCAACCCCAAGGCCGCCCAGCAGCUGAGUGCGCCCGGCACCGUGCGCGCCGUGAGCCCACCCAAAGAAAGCAAAACCGAGGACUACCGCGCAGCCGUCGUCGCAGCCAGCGUCGAAUUGCAUAAAAUCGUCGCCCGGACCGUCACCAGCCUCGGCAAAACCCGCGACGACUGGCGCAGGAUCGCCAUUGGACUGGCCAAGACCUACGAAGGAUGCAAGACCACCUUCACCGUCACCAGUACCAGCUACACCUGUUAA